AUGGACCCAGAACUUGAAUCGAACUCAUCAAGAUCAGACGGUCACGAAGAUGACCAGCCACCACCCAAGAGGGUAAAAAGAGGUCCAGUUCGUCGAAAGCCGGCUUGCCAAACGUGUCGCCGGCGAAAGGUGCGCUGUGACAAUGGCCAGCCAGCCUGUGGUUUCUGUUGUGCCAAUGAAACCGAGUGCGUAUAUGUUACUCGCGGGGAUGAUGGGUGUAAGCAAGACUUGAAGCAAGUCCUGAAGAAAUUGGACACACUAUCCCAAACAGUUGAGCAGAUGCAGAACAUGCUCGGUUCGAGAGACACCUCUCAACCUAGCAGGUCUCCAGAACUAGAGACCCAAGACAGGCGUGGCAGUGCUCCUAUAAGAUCUGCAGAGCUACAAAAAGACUAUUUGCGGAUCCCUGCAGGGAGAUGUAGUUCUGACACGGUGCUAAGCUGGCCAAUCUUCCGCGGCCAAUUUCGAGAAAGCUCUCUCAUCACGACUCUGUUCCAUUAUUCACAUGGUGCAUCCGAAGACAGACCGACAGACUCAUUGACUUUACCAGAUGGUCUUCAAUACACGCCAGAUGAACAGAUUCCAGCAUUGGUGGAUCGUUUUAUUCAGAACGUUCACACCAAAAACCCAAUACUGGAUUUAGAAUCUCUGAUCCGGUCUGGAAGGCAUGCAGCUGAAUUUGGUCUUCAGUGGGAUGCUCAGUCAUGUCUUGUUCUACUGGCUUGCGCGCUGGGUUGUAUCUCGCAACCGUUCGACACUUCGAUCCAAUUACCUCAGACUGCGAGAUCUCUUCAUGAUGGGAUUAGCUGGCAGGCCCCAGGAUUCAACUCCAGCUCAGAUACAAAGUUGCGCGAAGGAGAGGCUUUCUUUAUGAUGGCUUGCAGGAGAAUCGGUCUCUUGCGGUACUCGGUCAUCGGUGCCCAGUGCCACUUUUUUGCUGGAGUGUACUUGAUGUACACAUUUCGCCCAUUGUCGGCUUGGAAUCAUUUCUACCAGGCAUCUACAUUUUAUCGACUACGCCUGAGACUGAUCGACGGACUUGACAAGUCAGCUUAUGAAUCAGAGCAACCAGGAGCGUCUGUUGCCCAGCGUCUUGAACAAAGCCUAUACUGGUCAUGUUUUAAGUCCGAAGUCGAGAUUCGCGUGGAGCUUCCACUGCCACAGUCCGCUAUAGCCGAGUACGAGUACCCAGCCCUCUUCCCCACACCUCCCACUCUAUCAGAGGAAUACCUGAGGCGCAGAGAUCAAGCAUCUGAUUGGAUUAAUGAUAAUGCAACUCAAUCCCCGGAGGAUGAUCAAUCCAGUCUGCCUGGACGAGGCGUCUACAGCCAUGUUUCCAAAUUAUUCAAUGAAGAGCAAAGCUGGUAUUACUAUCUUACGGAAGUGGCGUUGAGAAGGAUGGGAAAUCGAGUCCUGAACGCGUUCUACCGCGAAGCUCCAUCCACAUGGUCAAACAUCAAGCCAUUGAUUCCGAUAGCGCUCGAAUUCGAAUCUCAGAUUAACGCAUGGUUUGCAAAUCUCCCGCCAGCAAUGCAAUCUUAUGAGAAUGACCCGAUUAUGGGCAAUGCCGGACAAAGAUACACAACAGACCUCCAAGGGUCAAUAUCUAGGGAAUUGAGCUGGGCGCUCAGCAAUCGCUUCCUUGAAAUACGCCUAUGGCUCUACCAGCCAUUUUUAUACUACGCAGCCCACCAUCCUAUGAGCACAGCAUCUACAGCUCCAGAUAAUUCAACACCUCCGCUUGCUAGCGAUGAGUUAGGUAUAAUCCAGGGCCUCGUUGAAUCUGGAUUAGAUUGCUGCGACAAAAUUCUCCAAGCGCGGUCGCUUCGCCAUCGACAUCAUGGAAUCUGGUUUGAUCUGCGAGCUUUGGUGACUGCUUCACUAAUUUUCAUUGCCUUGGCAAGGAGCGGGAAUGUCAUUAUUCCCAGUAUUCAUCCCGGCGGCCUUCAGAGUCACUUGCGUCGGACACUUGAGGCCUUGAUCUACUGGGAAGGUGAAGCACCUGAUAUUAAGAAGGCUCGAGUGACGCUGGACAACCUACUCCGAGAGCUAAACUAG